AUGAGCAGCCUGGCGUUUGCGCCAGCCGCACUUCGUGACAGCGGUUUCCUGGGCAGGCAGAGUGUGCGCGGGGGUGCGCAGGCCCGCAGGCCGGUGCACCGGUCCUUGGUGCGGCCGUCGGCAGCGGCGAGUGACUCUGCGUCGUGGCGGCAGGCGCAGGCGGCCUUCCAGCGGCAGGCCAGCGACGCUCGGGCCAAGCUUGAGCAGUGGGCCAGGCAGCAGCGCCUGGACCAGCGCAUCAACUCGGGCCUUGAGGCAGCCACACGCGCGGCCGCGCAGGCCGCCGAGCAGGCCCAGGCCAGCGCCCGCAAGGUGGAUGAGGAGUAUGAUGUGCUGGGGAAGGCAGCCGGCGCGGCGCGCACAGUCAACGACACUGCAGAGGAGCUGGACUCGAAGUUCCAGUUCCGGCGCCGGCUGCGCAUCUUCCUCACAGACGCCAGGCGCAUGCUGCCGCUGCUGGGCCGCCGCCUGCACGACUUCAGCGGCACGCCCAUGGGCGCCAUCACCUUCUUCUUCGCCUUCCUAGUGUCGGUGUUCACGGGCGCGUUCUGGGUCAUCCUGCGCCUGCUGUUCAGCCUCAUGUGGAUCGGCAUCCUGCUCAGCCCCAUGCUCAUCAACUACAUCAACGCCCGGAUGAUGGCUGAGCAGCAGGAGCGGUACAAGGAGUAUGUGGAGGAGCAGCGGCGGCGGGAGGCCAACCCCUUCCGCGGCACUAUCCUGGAGGAGGUGUUUGCGCGGGGGCCGCGGUCGGGCAGGAGGAAGGCGCAGUUUGACUCGCAGGACGUCAUCGACGUCUCCGCGGAGCACAUCUACGACAGCGACUGA